CCGCUGUGUGAGGAAGUUCAGACGCGCGCAGUUGUGCCGUAAACGCGCGUCACCAGCGCGCAGAGCAGAGGAGCUUCCCGACGCGAGGGGGAAGGAAGGAAGGAAGGAGAGGAUGGAGAGAUGCGUGGAUCACGACCACGGGAGCAUCUGAAUAUGACUCUUCACCUCCUUUACUCGCACUCCUCUUCGCCUGUGCUGUAGCCCAGUGGAUAUCCCAGAGAUCCCCGCUGAGAGGUUUCCUGCAGGGGGCUGCGUGGAUCGUUUCAAACCCCCGGCUCGGUCCUUCACGGGUAAAUGUUGUAGUUUACUUGGCCGUGUGCGUUUAGGGGGAUCCAGGAAAUGUUGGCAUGGCCGCCUCGGGAGCGCGCAAGUGUCCGAAGAGUGAGAAGUUGGACGAGGCGCAGGCUUUGGCCAGGAGCUGCGCGGGGAGACCAGACUUCCUGCCGUGUGACGGACUCUCCAUCUGCUCGACGCACAGCCACGGGAAGUGCUUCAAGCUGCACUGGUGCUGCCAUUUGGGCUGGUGUCACUGCAAAUAUGUGUACCAGCCCAUGACCAAUGUGUGCAAGCUCCCGAGCACAACCGUGCCGCAGGUCGGCUCCGAGUACAGCGACACCAUCGACCUGUCUGUCUCCCUGGCCGAGCGCUUCCUGAAGCUCGCCCCCUGCUUCCAGUCCCCGCCUCACUUGGAGUCGCCGAAAUACUGCGUCAUCGCCGACCUGUUUGUGGACGACUACAUCGUGAAGCGGAUCAGUGGCAAGAUGUGCUACGUGCAGCGGCCUCUGCCUCCCUUGCCAGAACCACCUCAUGCUCCCACCCCUUCCCCGCCGGCUUCAGCCUCGUCUAAGCUGCCCAAAAAUUCCACUCAGCCUCGGCCACCGGUCAAGCCAACGCUGCCAACCCAAAAACACACAGCUGCGGCCGCGCCCGUGCAGCCGGUCCAGCAGGUGUACAGUGAACACAAACACCCCUCCCCAGUGGAUAAGAUAAAGGGCCCCAAAAUGGACCACUGCUCCUCUCCGUCCAGCUCAGAGGACUCUGGCAUCAACGCGCUGGGUCUGCACUACCUGGAGUCGUGCGAGGAGGAGAGCGAGGAGGAGGACGACGGGUUGAGCUCGGACGGGAACUCGAGCCCCGGCAGCCUCUGGGAUCAAGACGACUGCUCUGUGCUUUCUCCCUCCAAGUCUAUGAUAGAGAUCAUUGAAAAGAUCGAAACAACUGUGUAACUGUCAUGAUACUGAGCUGAGGGGGAGCGUGAUUCACAGCGAUGAAGCAUAUUCAUGAGAAUAACACUGGAGGAUUCAUUUUACGUGGACCAAUAGAGAACAAAGCCCCUCUGUAACGCUUCAGCAGGGCUGCGCCGGGUUGCUUUAAUUUGAAUCUGCUUUCCUGCAGGUGGCCGAGGACUGUACGCCUGCACUCUCACACAGCCUCUGCUCUGCCCACUAACCCUGCAUGGAGUGAAUUUUUUACAACUCAUUACAAUAAAGUAGGAACAGGAAGCACAAGCAUAUCAAGCACAUGCACGGUGGCCCAAGUCGGCCCCAAUUAUACGGCGAAAAAUCCGAAAAUACAACUGAAUCUAUAGUGGGUGCACUUCCUUCAGAGGGAGGAAGGAAAAAGUGAAAAGUUGCCAAAACGUCUAUUUGGUAAAAACACUGCCGGAGCUAAAAUAUGUACGAUCAGAGGAGAUAUGAGUAGGUUUCAUGAUGAUAAUAAGCAGUUAAGUAGUUCUUGGCAUUCUGGCCGUCGGACUUUAUUCUAAUUCGACGCUCGAGAGGCAGAUAAGCAUGGCAUUUCUCGUUCUCGGGUCAGUGGCUCCACCCACACGCGUUAGCAAUUCUGACACUUCAGCAUAAUAACCACAAGGCCAGCUACCUCUCGUGGGCCUAAAGCACAUCAGCCUUUUAACCUGUUAAUUACUAAGCUGCUGUGACAACUCCACUUUUAUCACGUUAAUACAUUUUUAAAAAAAAGAGAGAGAGAAUAGCCGGCUCACAGUUUGUCUGCACUUUACUGACACCAUCAACACGAGGAGUAGUUAGGUAGGACAGUGUUCGACAAUCAAGGAUUACACAGAAGCACAUUCCUAUAAAUGUACCUGCCAGUGAGGACCAAGGAUAAUCACAGACCCAAACUCAUUGUUCUGACCAGCUUUGUCUGGUCGGGGCCGAAUUGAAACUGCAGUGCUGUUCGUGGUUUAAUGGGCCGUUAAGCAAAACAUGACCCACACUGACCUCCAUUAGCUGCCAGGAAGUUUAAAGAAGCACGGUCGUGUCUCUGGCACAGCGAGUCAUGUUGUCGCAGCAGAAACUAGUAAGACCACUAGAGGGAAUAUAUCCAACAUAUACUUAUACUUAUAAAUAAUUAAAAUAAUAAUACUGAAUCGUUAUUUGUUUGAGAGAAUGCUGACAGGGGAUCCCGAGAAAGGUGUUCAGAAUAGGUUAGACUUUAUGUCAGUUAUUUUGUACGAAGGGGCAGGAAAAUUCACUUAACGCACCUUUAAAAGGCGAUAACAGUAGGUUUGGAGUAGGUUGUUGAAUAGGUGUUUUGAUGUUGUGAUGGACAUAAUGUUGUGCGAAAUACACUCGAAUAUGAAACUAUAGUGAGAUUAUUAGCCCAUUAUUAGUCAGUUAGUAAAAAUGAAGCUGGGCUGGGUCAGCUGGCGUUUUAUUCUUUUCUUUCUUCAAUCUUUAAAGAGUUGUUUCCUGGAGCGUUCUCAGCAAACAAAUCACUAAAAUGUUCACAGAUAUGUAUUAAUGCAACGCUACAAGUACUGGAUGGAAAAAAAAAGAAGUCCUUUUGCAUGACUGCAUUCUACGACAGAGUAUUAGGGCCACUUAAAGGGAAAAAACGAUCUGGAAUUAUGAGUAAACUAGAAAAAAGUCGUUAUACUACAAAAAAGUAGUAAUGUUGAAUGAAAAAAGUUGCACAUUUACUAAAAUAAAGUUGUAAUUUAAUUUGAAAAAAUAAAAAUGCGAGAAUGAAUUGUAAUAAAAUCACGUUAUUAUUAUUAUUAUUAUUAGAACACAUUUUUUCUUGUAAUAUUAUAACUUUUUCUCAUUAAAUUACAACUUCCUUCUCAAUCAUUAUUUUCUUCAUAUGGCCCCAAUACUCCAUCGUAGCAUUUCUUUGCAGAAGUCCCUCCUGUCAAAAAUCAAUUUAACAAUCGAGUGUUCAAAGAGCACAAAUCCUGUAUCUGUUUUAUUCAGGGACAGCCCUUGACUAUACACUGAACACAGUCCCGCUUACAGCAAUGCAGUUGAAACAUGUCUUAUGUUCCUAUUAUUGUUAUAUUAUUUUCAUAUGAAUAAAUCCUAUAAUGAAACUCA